UCGUGAGAAACAGCAUGAAUCGCGUGAGAAAAGAGGAAUCUGAUUACAAUUAUGACACUGAAGAUUGCUUUAUUGAUUGUAAUAUUGUCAAGGAAGAGUAUGAGUUGCAAGAAUUCAGAGAAACCGUUGCUCAAAGGACUCAAACUCAAAGGAAAAUUAUCGUGGCUCCAGUGAGUUUUGAGAUCACCGAGAUUUCCGAGGAUUCUCCACGAGCGUCAGAGAACAGAGUGAAAAAGCCUAAAAGGCCCUUCAGACGUUUAAUAUGCAAUGAGACACUGGACAAAGCCAAUGUUAAUCGUCGCACUGAAGAACUGAAGAGACACAACAGGACUGUCCACACUUUCAGAGAGAAGAUUAAGUGUCCGGUGUGUCAUGAGGCUUAUGCGCGCCAAGACAACCUUUCCAGGCACAUCAAGCAAUUUCACAGCGAAGUGCCCAACAAUCAGUUCCUGUCGCCUCCGUUGCUUUAUUAUUGCUCCGUUUGUAAGAAGAUGAAAGGGACCACAAAAGAAGUGGAUGAUUGUCUUGAGAAUCAUGAAUUGGAAAAGAGGCGUUUUACGGAAUUGGCGAUGCCAUUGACUUGCCACAUUUGUGGAGCGAUUUGCACAUCUUUUACAUAUAAUAAACACAUGUCACGACAUGAGAAAAUCGUAAAGUCUCCGAAGGAACACAAGACGAUUCAACGUCUAAGAGGGCCGCCAAAUGGAACAGCAAUUCUAGCCCAAAAUACAAAAGCAUUCAAAUGCAUCUCGAAACAUCAAUUAACCCACAAGUUGGCCAACAAACACAGACAGAGAAAAUUCACGUGUGCAACCUGUGGCACUAAACCCGAUAUGCCCUUCACUUGCACAGCCUGUCAGAAGAUUUUCUUCAGAAUUUCCGAGUUGAUUGAACAUCUUAGGACGAAGAAGGAGACCAUCUAUUGUGAUAUUUGCCAGAGCAUUUUAUUUCUUGUAGGUUUAUAAUUACUCUUUUCCCAAGGAAAUGAUAAGAAAAGAAAAGAAUGAAUAAACAGUGAAUUAUA